AUCCGCACCAUCCGCGACCCCGAGAAGCCGAACACGCUGGAGGAGCUGGAGGUGGUGAGCGAGAGCUGCGUGGAGGUGGUCGAGAUCGGGCCGGGCGAGAGCCUGAUCACCAUCCGCUUCACGCCCACCGUGCCCCACUGCUCGCUGGCCACGCUCAUCGGACUCUGUUUGAGGAUCAAACUUCAGCGAUGUUUACCUUUCAAGCACAAGCUGGAAAUCUACAUAUCAGAGGGGGCUCAUUCCAUUGAGGAAGACAUCAACAAACAAAUCAAUGAUAAAGAGAGAGUCGCAGCAGCAAUGGAGAAUCCCAGUUUGCGGGAGAUUGUGGACCAGUGUGUGCUGGACCCCGACUGACUUGGAAUAUCUGCCUCCUUUGUAUCAACUUCUUUAUAACAUUACCUUGAAUUUAAUACUGAAAAUUAUUUUUAAAGAAUCAUUUUGAAAGCAUCCAAUUAAUUGCAAACAAGAGGAGUGAGCAGACCCGAUCAAUCUCAGAUGAACUGUAUAGAAUAAAAAGUUAAUAUUCUCUUAAAA